AGUACUCGCGGUAUUUUCGUUGUCGUUUCCGAUCCAUUUAAGCGGUAGCGGAGCUGAAGCAAGUCACAUUUGAGUUCGCAAGCUUCAUUCCGAUUGCGUCCAGGUUUUACGAGGACUCGAAGCUUGCUGCUCAUUCUUGUCAAGGGCUGGAUUCCCGGGAUCUGGAGCUUCUUUUUCCAGGGAGGGAGGGAGGAGGGGGAAAAGGAGUAAACUGUGAAGGCUAUUGUUCAGCUGAAUGAAGAGAGGAGGUGCAGCUGUGGGAGCGGCAGCCAUGAAUCGGAUGGCAUAGGCUGCACAUGCGGCCUUGACGACCACGGUGGUUUUUGGGAGAUUAACAGUCUCCUGUUCAAGAUCGUGGAACAUUUCCUUUUCCAUUUUCCGGUGCAUUCUCAAGAGCGAGCACUGAAGAAGUUAGAGAAGCAAGAAUUGAAACAUACUAAUUUGCAGUUAGGUGGAGGGUUCAUUUCCACGGUGAGGAAUAGACGGAAGAUCAGUACAUUUGUGCAGUAGUGCACUUGCGCUUCACCUCACGGCAGUCAGCAAAGUUACAAGUGAGGUGCCGCCAUGACGGACCAUACGAUUCAGGAUAUUACAGUGCCUUCUGGCCAGGAUGAGGCGCCGGCAUUGGAUGAGCAAGUGAAGAACAGUGAUAAGGAAAAAGACAAGGCAGAGAAGCAAAAAGAGGAGACCAAGGUCGUGCCAUUCUUCAAGCUUUUUUCGUUCGCGGAUAAAUGGGAUUACAUACUGAUGAUUGUAGGCACUAUUGGUGCAGUCGGUAAUGGUGUAUCUAUGCCUCUCAUGACGCUCAUCUUCGGCGAUCUCGUUAAUGCUUUUGGUCAGAACCAAAGUGAUCUAAGCGAGCUGGUUCGUGCGGUCUCUGAGGUUGCCGUAAAGUUUGUCUACAUCGGUAUCGGGGCUGCCGUUGCAUCAUACUUGGAAAUUACGUGCUGGAUGAUAACUGGAGAGCGUCAAGCCGCCCGCAUCAGGAGUCUGUAUCUCAAGUCUAUUCUGAGGCAAGAUAUUGCCUUCUUUGAUCAAGAAACUUCAACCGGCGAGGUGAUCAGUCGGAUGUCCGGAGAUACCAUACUUAUUCAAAAUGCAAUUGGCGAGAAGGUCGGGACUUUCAUACAGCUGCUGUUCAUGUUCCUCGCUGGCUUUGCAGUUGCAUUCGUCCAAGGCUGGAAACUGACUUUAGUAAUGGUGGCGACCAUACCUCUUCUAGCUCUUUCAGGCGGCCUUAUGGCAAUGAUGGUGUCGAAAAUGUCAGGCGCAGGCCAGGAAGCUUAUGCUGAAGCAGGCACCACCGUGGAGCAAGUCGUCAGCUCAGUCCGAACGGUGUUAUCUUACACUGGUGAGAUAAAAUCUGUGAUUGAGUAUGAUCACGCUAUCGCCAAGGCUGCUAAGUUGGGAAUAAACUCGGCAUUAGCUUCCGGUUUCGGCAUCGGCUUCGCACUUUUUGUGAUGUUCGCUAGCUAUGCGCUGGCCAUGUGGUAUGGGUCCAUACUUGUAGCUAACCACGAAUUAUCUGGAGGCAAUGUGCUCAGUGUCAUAUUUGCAGUUCUGACUGGUGGGGGGUCUUUGGGUCAAGCCUCCCCAUGCGUUCAAGCUUUCGCCUCUGGUAAAGCAGCGGCGUAUAAAAUGUUCGAAGUCAUUAAGCGCAAGCCCGUGAUUGAUGCGUACGACUUGAGCGGUGAAACGUUAAAAGCCCUCAAAGGAGACAUUGAGUUACGGAAUGUUUAUUUCACCUACCCUAGUCGUCCUGAUGUGCCCAUUUUCAAAAACUUCAACCUCUCUGUGGCUGCUGGUACUACUGUCGCAUUAGUGGGAGAAAGUGGAAGUGGCAAAUCCACAGUUGUCAGUCUUGUGGAGAGGUUUUACGAUCCUAAUCAAGGGCAAGUACUGGUAGAUGGGGUUGAUAUCAAGACCCUUCAACUGAGGUGGCUUAGGCGGCAAGUUGGUCUUGUGAGCCAGGAACCGGUAUUGUUCGGCACCUCAAUCAAGGAAAAUAUUGCAUACGCGAAGGAUGAUGCCACAGACGAGGAAGUUCAAGCAGCAGCUAGCUUGGCGAAUGCAGCCACUUUCAUCAACAAGAUGCCCAAAGGCUAUGAAACUAAAGUUGGAGAGCGAGGAAUACAGCUAUCAGGAGGUCAAAAACAGCGUAUAGCAAUUGCAAGAGCAAUACUCAAGGAUCCUAAAAUUCUGUUGUUGGACGAAGCAACCAGUGCUUUGGACGCAGAAUCCGAAUGCGUGGUUCAAGAAGCGCUCGAGAAGGUCAUGGCUGAUCGCACUACAAUUGUGGUCGCUCAUCGGCUUACAACAAUCCGUAAUGCGAAUCUCAUAGCUGUCAUUCAACGUGGUGUGGUCGUAGAAACAGGGUCACAUGAUGAACUUUUAUCCAGACCAGACGGAGCAUAUACACAACUGAUUCGUUUGCAGCAGGUUAACAAGCAGCAAGACGCUGAUAUGUAUAACGAUUUAGAUCUGGACGUAGACACUGCAGCCAUCGGCAGGUCUCUUAGCAAAGGCUCACAUGGCAGCCGCCGGCGUAGUCUUCAGCGAAAGUCACCACAUGCAUCUCGGAGGGUACAUGACCAGCUUGGAAAGAGUGGCAGAUCCGAAGGAACUGACGUUGAGUCAGGAGAUAAGGAAAACCAGAAGCGCGCUGAUACUUCUAUCUUUCGACUUGCCAAAUACAGUAAACCUGAAACUCCCCUUUUUCUGAUAGGUUCUCUCGCCGCCCUCGCAAACGGAACUUCAUUUCCAAUCUUUGGACUUCUAUUGUCAAAUAUUAUUGCUGUUUACUAUAUCACCGAACCGAAGAAAUUGAGACACGACGCGAAUUUCUGGUCCCUCAUGUACUUGGUACUGGCAAUUGGAAUAUUUAUAGUUUCCCCAAUACAAUUCUACUCAUUUGGGGUGAUCGGCCAGAAUCUUAUUCGUCGCCUCCGUAGAUUGACUUUUGAGAAGGUGUUAGGAAAUGAAGUGGCGUGGUUCGAUGAGGAUAACAACGGCAGUGGCUCUAUUGGUGCACGGCUAUCAACGGAUGCAGCAGCUGUGAAAGGCAUGAUUGCAGACACACUCUCAAUUGUCAUGCAGAAUAUCGGCAAUAUUAUCUGCGGACUAACCAUAGCAUUCAUCGCCAACUGGCAACUCUCACUUCUGGUCCUCGCCUUGGUUCCACUCUUGGGCUCACAAGGGUACUUCCAAAUGAAAAUGAUGCAAGGCUUUAGCAACGAUGCCAAGGAAGCAUACGAGGAUGCAAGUCGUGUUGCCAACGAUGCAAUCUCCAGUGUCCGCACCGUGUCGUCCUUCUGCGCACAAGAGAGAGUAGUGGCUCUGUACGAAGAGAAGUGCGAAAAGCCUCUGAAAAGUGGCAUUCGUCAAGGUUAUCUCAGUGGGACUGGCUUGGCUUUCUCCAACUUUGUCCUCUUUGCGUGCUACGCACUUGCAUUUUGGUUUGGGUCGAAGCUGGUGCAGCAAGAUAAAGCUAGUUUCGAAGAUGUCUUCAAGGUCUUCUUUGCCAUCACGAUGAGUGCUUUCGGUGUCUCACAGGGCGCCAGUUUAACACCUGAUCUAAGCAAAACGAAGCUCGCUGUGAAUUCCAUUUUUGAACUGCUCGAUCGAAAAUCACUCAUUGACCCCUACAAUACUUCUGGGAAGACGUUAAUGCCACUAAAAGGGGACAUUGAGCUCCGAAAUAUCAGCUUCACUUAUCCCUCCAGACCCACGAUACCCAUAUUCAAGGACUUGAGCCUCACUGUGCCCGCUGGCAAGACUGUGGCACUUGUUGGCGAGUCGGGUUCGGGCAAGAGCACAGUGAUUUCGCUACUCGAGCGCUUCUACGACGUGGAUAGCGGCUCCAUCCUGCUUGAUGGUGUCGAUAUUACGCAGUUGCAAAUUCGUUGGCUAAGACAGAAAAUCGGGCUUGUGAGCCAGGAACCCGUCCUCUUCAACACUUCUAUAAAAGCAAACAUCAUAUACGGAAGGGAUGAUGAUGUCACAGAGACAGAAAUAGAGUCUGCUGCUAAAGCCUCGAACUGUCACAAAUUCAUCGUGGGCUUACCUGAGGGUUUCAAUACGACCGUUGGAGAGCGUGGGGUUCAGCUUUCAGGAGGACAAAAGCAGAGAGUGGCCAUUGCGAGGGCGAUCGUCAAGGAUCCCCGAAUCCUGCUGCUGGAUGAGGCCACCAGUGCGCUGGACGCUGAAUCAGAACACGUCGUGCAAGAGGCUCUUGACCGCAUCAUGGUGAACCGGACUACCAUUGUUGUUGCUCAUCGUCUCUCCACCAUCCGCAACGCUGAUGUAAUUGCUGUGGUUAAAAACGGAUCCAUCGUUGAGCAAGGAAAACACGACGAGCUGAUGGCGAGACAGGAUGGGGCGUAUCAUGCUCUUGUGCGGCUUCACAUGUCCUCCAAAUAAACACCUGUGGUACUCACCAUAAUUCCAAACUAACCGCCAGCGUCAAUUCGCAUGACUGCUCAUCACCAGUAUUUAGCAGAUCACGUGACCUUACAUCCUUGACCUCAAUCAAUACUCGUACAGAUUCUUUGGUGGCUCCACAAAUAUUUAUACAUGUGCACACUCACACUGGUGAGAGGCAUCUCGGUGGCUGUCUUCACUGGGUGUGUUUGAAAACCAUGAGUUGGAGUUCAGCUGUCGUAACAUAUCUCCUCAGCCUGAGAUAUCUGACAACGGCAACUUGUGCUCAGUUCACUCUAGGGAACUCGUCCACCAAACUUUUUUCGGUACCCCCACGCGACGUGGUCGUUGGCAACAGAAUUCAAGAAUAAAUGAACCCUGAAGUAACUUAAAGCUGCGGCCUCAAUACACAGACGUGGUCGUGGAUAGUGUUCUAUAUGCUGAGAAAAUUAUUUUCAACUGAUAGAGUACAAGAAGCACAUGCGUACUCGGUUGCGAGUUGGUGAUCCUGUUGGGCUUGCAACACGGCAAUUCUCACGAGUCUGUGUGCAGCAAAAACAAAAGUAAUAAAAAAACGCAAUGUUCAAUUAGGUCAAGCCAGCCACGAUGAUUUUUAGAAUUCAGCACUAGAUUCAACACGCAUUUCAAGAAUUAUUUAUGUACUUAUUUACAUGUGGGUGUGUACACAAGUGUGGAAGAUGGAUGUUUAAACAUGCGUUCUGAGACGAAUACAAAAUGAUCAUAUGUCA